AUGGGUGCACUCUGCCCGCCCGAAUCCAAGAUGGCGGCUCUGGGGACUAGAAACGGGACCUCGGGAGGGAGGAGGUGAAACGGUCUCGGCCGGAGGAUUCGGGCCCCACCGCUCCGGUUCGUCCCCUCUCCCUACCGGAGACAGGAGGGGUCUCGGCCUCUGUCCGAGGUAUGGCUGCGGAAAGCAACAAGCAGUUCUGGAAGCGGAGCGCGAAGCUACCGGGCAGUAUUCAACCUGUUUAUGGAGCUCAGCAUCCUCCACUGGACCCACGGCUCACUAAAAAACUGGAAAACUUUUAUGGACUUUUUGCUGAAGGAAGAAACAAAUGAAAGGAUGAUUUAUGGAUUUGAGGACUGAAAAAGAUGUGGUUAAAAUAAAGGAUUGAAGGGAUUUUUGUACCAUCCAAGAGGGAGGAGGGAUAAUAAGUUUGUAAAUAUCUGUUGAAAAGAAGCUUCAUCAAGGAACGCUCCAAGAUCAAUGCACUAUCUAUGAAAAAUAAGAAGGCCAGCAGUUUUCAUGAGUUUGCUCGUGACACCAGUGAUGCUUGGGAUAUUGGGGAUGAUGAAGAUGAAGAUUUCUCAUCUUUCCAAACAUUGAACUCUAAAGUGGCCAAGGCCACAGCAGCACAAGUCCUGGAGAAUCACAGCAGGCUGCGUAUGAAACCCGAGUGGCCCCAGGCAGCUCUCAGUGAAGCACCAAUCAAUUGUAAAGUCAUCAAGUCCAGUAGUGAGGCUCAGCUAUCCAGAGGACCUGAGGAUGCCUGUAUGCGCAACCCCCUCCACAAACAGCAAUCCCUCCCACUCCGACCCAUCAUUCCACUUGUCGCUCGCAUCUCUGACCAAAAUGCUUCUGGGGCUCCUCCCAUGACGGUGCGUGAGAAAACUCGCUUGGAAAAAUUCCGACAGCUUCUGUCCAGCCAAAACACAGACCUAGAUGAAUUGAGGAAAUGCAGCUGGCCUGGUGUCCCCAGAGAGGUCCGUCCUGUGACUUGGCGACUUUUAUCAGGUUAUCUCCCUGCCAACAUGGAACGAAGGAAGCUGACUUUACAACGAAAGCGAGAAGAAUAUUUUGGCUUCAUUGAACAGUAUUAUGACUCCAGAAAUGAGGAGCACCAUCAAGAUACAUAUCGGCAGAUCCAUAUAGACAUUCCACGGACAAAUCCCCUCAUCCCUCUGUUCCAGCAACCAUUAGUUCAAGAGAUCUUUGAACGAAUCCUGUUUAUCUGGGCCAUCCGACACCCAGCCAGCGGCUACGUGCAAGGGAUUAAUGACCUGGUCACUCCAUUCUUUGUUGUGUUCCUCUCUGAAUAUGUUGAAGAGGAUGUGGAGAACUUUGAUGUAACAAACCUAUCUCAAGAUGUGCUACAAAGCAUUGAAGCUGACAGCUUUUGGUGUAUGAGCAAACUGCUGGAUGGGAUCCAGGACAAUUACACGUUUGCACAACCAGGGAUCCAAAAAAAAGUCCAAGCACUGGAGGAACUUGUCAGUCGUAUUGAUGAGCAGGUACAUAGUCACUUUAGGAAGUAUGAAGUGGAGUACUUGCAAUUUGCCUUUCGAUGGAUGAACAAUCUUCUGAUGAGGGAGCUUCCUCUUCGCUGCACCAUUCGCCUUUGGGAUACUUAUCAGUCUGAGCCUGAGGGAUUCUCUCAUUUCCAUUUAUAUGUCUGUGCUGCAUUCUUGAUUAAGUGGCGGAAAGAGAUCUUGGAUGAAGAGGACUUCCAGGGCCUUCUAAUGUUGCUACAGAAUCUGCCCACCAUACACUGGGGUAAUGAAGAGAUUGGACUCCUCCUCGCUGAAGCCUACAGACUAAAGUACAUGUUUGCAGAUGCUCCCAAUCACUACCGCCGAUAGGUACUAGGGUUCUGCAUUUGCUUCUCGUUGUGCUGGCACAGUUUCAAUCACCGUGGCAUUUGAUCACCUAAGCCCUCGGACACACUGACCAGGAGCCACUCUUUGCUGUAAAAAGCUCCCAUCAGACUUCUGUCUUCACUUUUGUGUGUGCCUGCCUGCCACUCCGUGUGUGGACGUGCCACUCCAAAAACCAUUAGUGUCCCAUGCUGUGAUGGUGGCCUGAGCUUGGAUGGAAGUGAAAUGAAUAAACAGAACUUCUGAAUGCCCUCCAAGUUUCAGCCUAGAUAGUCUAGUCCUGCAGCCUCUUGUUAACCUGCUAAGCACAGACAAGCUCAUACACUUCCAGCUCAGCCUGUUACUUUUUUUCUUUCCCCCCUUUUCUUCUUCAGCUGUUGUUCAAACCCCCCAAUGAAGAUGCCUUACAAAGAGUCCUGCCCAAGAGAAGGCAGUGCUGUUGGACACAAGAAGCUCUCAGGCCUUAGCUUCACUCUGCAUGUCUGAAGAAGUGCGGCAUUUCAGGCAUUAACAAAAGACAUAUAUACUCCAUGUGCACUCUGUCACACUCCUCUAGUGCAGCAUCUCUGUGUAGGAUGGUGCACAUACGUUGAAAAGGCUGCCUUGUCCAUGCACAGUUCAGAAUAAUACAGGUGAACACAACAGAACUCCACCUGUGAUUGAUGGACUGCCUAACCUGGUGUGUGCAUUGAACGGGGGUGGGGGGGAGCUGUGCUUUUUUUCCCCUUCUUUUUUAGAAAAACUCCUUUCUGUGACAAUGACACUCCUCUAAGGCAUUAUAUGUAUAUUGUGUUCUUGUGUAUAUGGGUAAAAGUUGUACAAUAUAAGUCUUCUGUUUGUAGCA